CAUGUACAGCUGCGAGGUGCCGAGAGAAGAACGAGGCUUCUUCCAUCUGGCGAGUGCUGCGUCAUGAGUUACAGGCGGGGGAUGCUGGGUCGUUGCCAGACUUGGUAGCCGGUUCCUUCAGCGCAUCGCGCUUGGGUUUUGGGUUCACAGCUUUGUCAUCCCCGGUGGGAAGUAUUGUCAGUGUGUGCCGUGUAGCAGGUGUGAAUUUCAGUGGAGAAGUGCUGGAGGCUGCAGACACUGGGUUAGACCUAGCAGGUGGUGUGUGCCUGGCCGUUGGUGUGAAGUGGAUCAAGGCCAUUGAAAGUCCAAACAAAGAUGAUGACACACAGUGGCUGACUUACUGGGUCGUGUAUGGUGUUUUCAGCAUAGUCGAGUUCUUCUCUGAUAUCUUUCUGUCCUGGUUUCCUUUCUACUACAUGCUGAAGUGUGGCUUCCUCUUGUGGUGCAUGGCUGCAAGUCCUUCUAAUGGAGCAGAGUUUGUUUAUCAUCGCAUUAUCCGGCCUUUGUUCCUGAAGCAUGGAGCUCAGCUUGACAGUGUUGUUAAAGACCUGAAAGACAAGGCUGCAGAGACUGCAGAUACCAUCACUAAAGAAGCCAAGAAAGCAACAGUGAACUUACUCGGUGAAGAAAAGAAGAGCACUUAAACUGGAUGAUGUUUCCAUCCUGCCUCCUUUGUGAAGCUUGAUGUUACUGGGAACUGUGGUAUAAUGUUAAUAAUAUUGCCUUGGAAACAUUUUGAUAUAUUAAAGGAUUGUGCUCUAAGUUUACUUACUACUUUGCUGUGUCUGAUAGAGAGUAUGCAUUUUUAUUUAAAAGCAAUGCAGUGGGCAGCAUCUGAAGCUGAAUGAAAACAUUUUAUUCAUCUUCAUGCAGAAGAAAUCUUUCUGUAAUUUAUUUCUGCAGUAACAUAAAGAAAAGGUAUAUAUCCCCCAGGCUCUGCA